AUGGGGACUGUGAUGGUCACCAAAUCAGACCUCCAAACACUGGCUGACACCCUCACAACAUCCCUCACCUCGUGGGUGACAGCAUUGCAGGCUGAUGUGGAGGCGCAAGGAGGCCGUAUAAGGGCACUUGAAUCUAAGGCCCAGAAUGAACAGCAGCAGGCCAUGCAGCAGACACAGCCAUAUCAAGACAGGGUGGCAUGCUACUAA